AAUAAGCUCAAGGAGACUGACAGCUAAAAUCAAAGUGUGACGACCGACCCCGGUCUCCCCUAUAUUAUUUUAAAGUUUACCUGGCAACAGCUGUAACCUCCUCAUAAUGUGAGGCUACCUGACAUACAGACCGUCUCUUAAUGAAUCCACCUUUCCUGCGGUGGAGAGGAUGGAUGCAGCGGGUGGUGCGGACAGACGCGCAGCCUGUUGAGGACUUUCAUUAUUGACAGCAUGUUAACGCGUCUGUCUGGGAGACGACACGGAGGAGCGACCGAGCAGAGACACAAACAGGCAGCCUCCAUCAUCAGUGACUAGCUGGUUUUGAUGAUCGAUCGGCUCCUGUGUAAUAUGGUUGCCUUGACCUGAUUGACCAUCAGCGGAUGGUGCCUUCAGAUGGUAAUGGAGAGCUGUAAGCAAGGCUGAGUUAACAUAGAAGAACUCAACUGACUCUGUAAAGGAUAGAAGUCUUUGGAGCCUGAUCUUAUGAGGACACUCGGUUUUUCCCACAGCUCUGUGCUGUGCUAAGAGUCCAGCUAGAAGUGAGGGCGCCCUGAGGCAGAGCUAUGGGCUGUGGGGGGAGCAGGACUGAUGCUCUGGAGCCUCGGUACCUGGAGAGCUGGACCAAGGAGACUGAGUCGACAUGGCUGACCGGCACGGACACUGAUAUCCCCCUGUCGUCCAUCCAGAGCAUCCCCUCUGAGAACUCUGAGGCCGGCUUCGCGUCAGAGAAAACAAUCAGCCCUGCUCCAGAUUUCUUCGAGGACGGCCUCCCUCUUCCCGCUCAGGCGUACCUAAAGGUCUGUUCAGCCGUGUCUGAAGCCAGUCUGAAUGAUGUGAAACCCAGCACUCCGCCUGCAAUACUGGGCUCUCCACCCAAGGUGGCGGUGUUACCAUCAUCUGGCACCACAGUGCAGCGCAGAAGCGUUCUACACACUGAAGAGAUUACAAAAUGGCAGGACAAUCGGAUGUCGACCAAGCAGGUGACCAUCACGGUGACACAGAGCAUCCACCAGGUGGACAAGAACGGGAAGGUGAAGAAGUCCCUCACCACCUAUGAGGUCAUGAAGCCUGUGGAGAGCCUCAAACAGGUGGCUACACAAAACACUUGAGUGCAGGGGAGGCGGGAAGAAGCCAAAGAAAAAUGAAGAUAAAUUUGUGGUAAAAUAUUUUAUGGUUUGAUGGCUGAUGGAAGCACAACAAGGACAAGACUGUGAACUAU